AUGUUGUCGCGUGUGCUGACCCGCACUGUGAAAGCAGUGCCUACCAUGACUCGGAACUUGCAUUUUAGGAAGUCAGGAAUCUACACAAAGACGGGAGACAAAGGAUCUUCUUCUCUCUAUAAUGGAGAACGAAGAAAGAAAUAUGAUGACGUCUUUCAGGCUUUGGGAAAUACGGAUGAAUUGAACUCAUUCACCGGAUUCGCCCGGGGCUAUGCUGAAGCCUCAAACAAUGGACUGGCGCCAAAGUUGAUUGAAGUAUUUUUUCUUAAAUUUCUGCAUUACCAACAGAUCCAAAGUCGGUUAUUCGACUUGGGAGCUGCCAUCGCCACUCCUCCCAAGCGCAGUUCUUCCAACAAAGUCGAAAAAACGAAAUUCCCCGAAGACAACAUCACCACUCUCGAGAAGUGGAUCGACGAAUUGGAUUCCCAGCUUCCUCCUCUCAAGACGUUCACUAUUCCUACAUCAGCCCCGGGUGGAGCGUCUCUGCAGAUGUGCCGCUCGAUUUGCCGUCGUGCCGAGCGUUCGGUGGUGCCUUUGGUAGAGCGCGAUGAAGUGGAUUCGGCUGUGCAGCGCUAUCUGAAUCGUCUGAGCGAUUUCUUCUAUGUGGCGAGUCGCUGGUCGGUGGAAUUUGACAAAGUGGAAGAAAUUCCGUGGGUUCCUCAUAAGCAAUUUUGGUUUGUUUGUUGGACACAAAAAAAGUUUGAUUUGAAUCAUGAACGACGGUUCUUGGAACCUGGAGUGCUAUGA